GUAAAGAAACGGGGCUGCACUCCAACCUCGUCACCAUAAUCCCUUACAAAGCUGAAGCACAAGGAAUUGGCGACAGUACCAUAACUUUCUCAGGCAGAGCUGACGUCACAAUGCGGGGCACCAUGUUUGAAGAUGCGGGGCAAGCAGUCAAUUUCGUCCAACGAAGCAGCGUGAUGCGACCUCACCAACUGCCGAUACGACUAAUACCCCAAGCCCUUGCAAAACCACGGCUCGGACCGAUAAUAGCGAUGCCCGGUAACAUAAGUGCUAUGGGCCGAUGGAAGCUCCGAUAGCUUCAGGACCUCUGUCUCCCCCAGAAGCCGACGAAUCUUAUACUCAGCAACGGCGUCCGUGUUUACUGUACAGGCUACAACGCAGCCAUCGCGACCCAUGUCUUUCUCCCUUCACCGCAGCCCGCCGUUCCGUGCUGAACACUUGGGCUCGCUCAAGCGUCCACAGUCGUUGCUCGAUGCACGCUACAAAGAGCACAAAUCUGCUUCCGAACUCGCUCCCCUUGAGGAUCGCGCCAUCGAGGACAUUGUCAAGAUACAGCUCGAUCUCGGUUUCUGCGGCAUAAGCGAUGGCGAGUACCGCAGACACAUGUUCUGGGGCACCUUCUGGCCCACCCUGGAAGGCAUGGAAGAGGUCCAGAAUCCGCCGCUCGAAACCUUCAGGACUUACGUGCCUGACAUUGCGGCUUUCUUGGAGAGCGGACAUCAGCCGGGCGAAAGUGUUUACUGCGUUGGUAAGAUCAAGCACACCGGAGAGAGUACGUACGUAUCUCAAGUGGAGUACUUGAAGACGCUGUUGCCAAAGGAAAGGUGGGGCGAUAUGAAGCUGACGCUUGCCGCGCCCAACUGGUACCAUCUCAGAUAUGUCGAUGGGAAGGCAUACCCAAAGAACGUCUACAAAAAUGACAAGGAGUACUUCGCGGAUGUCGCAAAAGCGUAUCAAGUCGAACUUGACAUCCUCUACAAGGCCGGACUACGGAACGUGCAGUUCGACGAUCCGAACCUGGCUUACUUUUGCUCUGAAAAGAUGCUCGAUGGCUGGAAAGAAGAUAAGACUAACACGGUUUCCGCCGACGAACUGCUCGAUCUGUACAUCCAGCUCUACAAUGACUGUAUCAGCCAGGUACCGUCUGACAUGCACAUUGGCGUGCAUCUCUGCAGAGGCAACUUUGUCAACUCGCGUCACUUCAGCGAAGGCGGCUACGACCGCAUCGCAACGAAGCUCUUCCAGCACAUGAACGUCCAGACUUAUUACCUGGAGUACGACACUCCGCGGGCCGGCGGCUUCGAGCCGCUUGCGCAUUUGCCAAAAAAUAAGAACGUCAUUCUGGGAGUUGUGACGAGCAAGUUCCCAGAGCUGGAGGAUAAGGAAGAGCUGAAGAAGAGGAUCUAUGCAGCAGCAGAUGUCAUGGCGAAGGGACAGGGGGAGAGUAGAGAGGACGCCUUAAAGAGAUGCGGUGUCAGCCCGCAGUGCGGUUUUGCGAGCCAUGCUGAGGGAAAUUUGAUUGACAUUGAAGGGAUGAAGAAGAAACUGCAGUUGGUACGAGAGGUUGCAGAUGAAGUGUGGCCAGGUGAGGCAUAACCUUCCUUGAAUUGGAAAUACACUGCUUUGUAGAACAGGAAUGUCGCGUGCAUGGAAUGUACCGUUCGAUCUGCCAAUUAAUCAGAUAUGUAUACAUC